AUGUACAGCUUCAUGGGAGGGGGCCUGUUCUGUGCUAUCACAGGUAACAUCCUCUUGGUGGUUUCCACUGCAACUGACUACUGGAUGCAAUAUCAUCUCUCUGGAAACUAUGCUCACCAGGGUCUGUGGAGAUAUUGCAUGUCCAACAAGUGCUUCAUGCAGACUGAGAGCAUAGCUUACUGGAACGCCACCAGGGCCUUCAUGAUCCUCUCAGGAAUGUUGUGCUUUUCAGGCAUCAUCGCUGGCAUCAUGUCCUUUUCGCACUUCUCCUCCUUUGAAAGAUUCAACUGCUCCUUUGUUGCAGGAAUUAUAUUUUUUGUCUCCAGUUUCUUUGUUCUGCUGGGUAUGACUGUUUAUACUGGAGUGACAGUCAACUUCCUGCGAAAGCGCUUUGGUGACUGGCGCUUCUCCUGGUCUUACAUACUGGGCUGGGUUGCCAUGGUCAUGACCUUCUUUGCAGGUAUUUUUUACAUAUGUGCCUACAGAACAUGUGAAGGCAGGAGAGGAACAGGCCCACGCUAG